AUGUCCGCCACGCGCAUGUUACGCCAGCAAUGGCUUGCUACCAAGUUCACUCAACCUUUGAAACGCUGGAACAGUACCGCUGCUGGUCUUCAGGCAAGCGCUCUCAAGAUCAACAAGGCCGAUACCUUGAAGCCUUUGGUGCCUAACCAGGACCUUGUGUUUGGCCAAACAUUCACCGACCACAUGGUUACUAUUGAGUGGAAUGCUGAUAAGGGAUGGGAUGCACCAGAGAUUGUUCCUCAUGGCAAGCUUUGCUUGGAUCCUUCUGCCACUGUUUUCCAUUAUGCUGCUGAGUGCUUUGAAGGCAUGAAGGCUUACAAGGACAAGGAUGGCAAGAUUCGUCUCUUCCGACCUGAUAUGAACAUGGCACGUAUGAACCGUUCAGCUCAUCGUAUUGCUCUUCCUAACUUUGAAGGCGAAGAGUUUCUCAAAGUGAUCAGCGAAUAUCUCAAGCUUGAUCAACGCUGGAUUCCCAAUGAGCGUGGUUAUUCUUUGUACUUGCGUCCCACAAUGAUCGGCACCCAGCCUACUCUUGGUGUCACAGCUCCCAACAAGGCUUUACUUUUCGUCAUUGGUUCCCCUGUGGGUCCUUACUACAAGACUGGCUUUGCCGCUGUUUCUCUCAAGGCUACCACUGAAUACGUACGUGCUUGGCCACGUGGUACCGGUGAUUCCAAGAUUGGUGGCAACUAUGCUGUUGGUCUUUUGCCUCAACUUCUUGCAGCCAAGAAGGGUUUCCAACAAAACUUGUGGCUCUUUGGUGAUGAUCACCAGUUGACCGAAGUGGGUGCCAUGAACUUGUUUAUCUUGUGGAAGAAUGCUCAAGGUGAGACUGAAUUGGUUACUCCUCCUUUGGAUGGUGCCAUUCUUCCUGGUGUCACCCGUGAUUCUAUCUUGAGCCUUGCUCGUGAAUGGGGAGAAUUCAAGGUCUCAGAACGCAAGUUGACUAUGCCUGAGCUUCGUGAUGCUGUCAAGGAGAACCGUGUUAAGGAAGUCUUUGGUGCAGGCACUGCUUGUAUUGUGAGCCCCGUCAAGAUGAUUGAAUACCAGGGCGAGGAGCUCAAUAUUCCCUUGGAUCCCAACGACUCGACAUCCCAGGCUGGUCCUAUCACCAAGCGCAUUAACAAGGCCAUUAUGGAUAUCCAAUAUGGUGAGGUUGAGCACCCUUGGUCCGUUCUUGUAAACUAG